AUGUCCGCCAGUCAGGUUGACCCAAUUUUGAUGAACUUCACCCCUUCGGGUCACUCGUUAAACGUCUCCGAUCUCAACCUCGGCACUGAAAUUCCUCACCAGUCGGUGGACCAGACCGACUCUCCAAACGACACUACCAGUGGGCCGAGAAAGAAGGGGCCCCACCCACGACGCACCAAGGAUGAAAUGAUCUUGUUCCGCGCAGAACAGGAUCGACUCAAGAAGGCCAAAUCGCAGGCCAAGGCCAAGGGCAAACGUGGUCGCACAUCGCAGCCACGUGGACGACUAUCUCGUGGUGUGCAAAAUGUGACUGAUGGAGAUGUACCUUUGACUCGUCCCGCCUCAGCACCACCGGCGUCGCAACCCCCACUUUCUGAUUUUAACCCCCCAUUUAUCACCGAGGAUUAUGAGAACGUUUGUGGCUACCUGGAGGAGGAAGCGAACUACACCCAACUCUAUGGCGAUGGCUCCAAGACGACGGUUGGUACAACAAAGGUGACCAAGGCCGCGGCAUAUGAUAUCUUUGCGAUCUACAUCAAUGAUAAUUCGAACCGACGCCUCCACCUCACCGGCAGUCAGCUCCGACAGAGGAUCGAUGGCUACAAGAAGCGAUUCAUGAAGGCCAAAGACUGGGCGGAGAACACCGGCGCUGGAAUUGAAGAAGGCGAUAACCUCCCAACGGUGGCCGACCUCCUGGAGAAGAAGUGUCCCUGUUACGAACGGAUGUACGGUAUCUUCGGGGGGAAGGCGAACGUGUCCCCUUUGGCUCAGCAUGAUUCGGGGGCGGGAGCUGGUCUCUAUGGCGAUGCAGAAGGUCAUCCUCAGGGAGAAUCACAGGAGGUUUUCUUAUCGGGGUGGGAAGACACCCAAGACGAGCUCCCUCUGGACCCGCUGGACACUCCUGGUCUUCAUCUCAAUGAUGACGAGUUGCCGCCUCCCCUCAACCUCAGUGGUACAGCGAUGGACGCCUCGCCCUCUCUGAUGACUCUGCGAUCUUUGGCUCAGAAUGGGACCCCGGUUGCCCCUUUUAGCACUCCGGAUAUCGGUGCAGGGACCCCUGGGGAAAACCGCAGUGGCACCCGUCGGGCCUUUGCCAACCAGCCAUCCGCCGACGCGAGCCCCGCAGGACCUCAUAGGGAAUUGAAUCCCGCACGGCACAAGCCAUCUCUGGCCUCGGCUUUCGAGAGUUCAAACGCGGAUAAGUUCGCGUACCUCAAGGAGCAUAUGGCUUGGGAGAAACAGAAGGAAGAUAAGCGGCUCGAGUGGGAAAAAGAACGAUUCAACAAAGAGAUCGAUCAGGCAAAAAUUGGGGCUCAGGCCCAUGUUCAACUCGCUCAGACAAAGCUUGCCGCCGCCCAAGAUCUGCUCAAAACCGGAACAUCUGCUUCUGAGGUCGAUGCCCUGUUGAAGACAAUCUAUGGCUGA